AUUUUGCUUCCGGAGCGGCGGCGGCGGCGGCGGAGCGAGUAAGGCGGCCGGUCCGUCAGCACGGAAGGAGCCGCCUGGCCGGCGGGGACGAUCCAAGGCAGCCGCCUCCGAAGUCAGGCUCGGUGCUGAAACGCCUCCUUGCCGCCUGCGGGGAAGUUCCGGCUUUUGAAAGGAGGCUCCCCCGGAUGGCUCCAUCCAACGGUUUGGCGCCUGACUGGAUCCCCGGCAAGCCCAGCGGUGCCUAAAGGAGAGGCGAUAAGUAGAAGGUAGGGGCGAGUGCGGCCUCAUCCCCACCAUGUUUUGGAAGUUCGAUCUGAAUGCAACGUCCCACGUUGACAGACUGCUGGAGAAAGAGGACGUGACUCUGCGCGAGUUAAUGGACGAAGAUGACGUCCUGCAGGAGUGCAAAGCCCAGAACCGGAGGCUGGUGGACUUCCUCUGCCGGCAGCCGUGCAUGGAGGAGCUGGUGCAGCUGAUCAGCCGCGAGCCUCCCCUGGACGUGGACGAGAAGGUCCGCUUCAAGUACCCGAACACGGCCUGCGAGCUGCUGACCUCGGAUGUGCCCCAGAUCAGCGACCGGCUGGGGGGAGACGAGGCCCUGUGGGACGUCCUCUACGGCUUCUUGGACCAGGAGCCUCCCUUGAACCCCUUGCUGGCCAGUUUCUUCAGCAAGACCAUUGGCAGCCUUAUCGCUAGGAAAGCUGAGCAGGUGGUUUCGUUCCUGAGGAAGAAAGCCGAGUUUGUGGACCUGGUGCUGAAGCACCUUGAGACGUCCGCCAUGAUGGACCUCCUCUUGCGACUGGUCAGCUGUGUGGAGCCGGUCCCCCUUCGCCAGGAGGUGCUGCAGUGGCUGAAUGAGGCAAAGCUGGUCCAGAGGCUGGUGGAGCUGAUCCGCCCUCACCAGGAGGAAGACAGACAAUCCAAUGCUUCUCAAACCUUGUGUGAUAUCAUCAGGCUGAGCAGGGAUCAGAGCAACCAGCUCCAGGAGGCGGCCGACCUGGACCCUCUCCUGGCAUCCCUGGAGUCACAGGAGUGCGUGGAGCAGCUCUUGAAGAACGUGUUUGACGAGGGGUUGACGGAGACCUGCAUUGUGAAUGGGACGCAAGUUUUGCUGACGCUGCUUGAGCCGAGGAGAGCUGGCUUGGAGGGCCUUUCUGACUCCUUCUGCCAGGGGUUUGAAAAGUUUCACCCUGUCAAUAGCGGCAUCUUGCAGGGCAUUGAGCCACGCCUGAAGGACUUCCACCAGCUGCUGCUUCACCCCCCCAAGGUGGCUCCUAUCCUGACGACCAUCGGGAUCCUGGAGGAGCCCCUGGGCAAUGCUCGUCUUCAUGGCGCCCGCUUGGUCGCCGCCCUUCUUCACACCAACACGCCCAGCAUUAACCAGGAGCUGUGCCGGCUUAACACCAUGGACCUGCUGCUGGACCUGUUUUUCAAAUACACUUGGAAUAACUUCUUGCACUUCCAAGUGGAGCUCUGUGUCACAGCCAUCCUGAUGCACUCAGUGCCUGGAAGCAAGCUGCUCGCGGAAAACAAUGAGGGGACGGAUGGAAACGUCUCCUGGGAAAAUGCUGAAGCGCCAGAGAACCUCACACUGACUCACCUCUUCCAAAAGUGCUGCUUGGUGCAGAGGAUCCUGGACGCCUGGGAGGCCAACGACAAAAUCCAGGCAGGAGGAGGGAUGAGGCGUGGCAACAUGGGCCACCUGACCCGGAUCGCCAACACCGUUGUGCAAGCUGUGGAGAAAGCGCCCCCUGGGCACAGCCAGGCCAGGGAGUUCAUCAUCAGAGGCCUUCCGGAAGACUGCCGAGGCCGCUGGGAGAGCUUCGUGGAGGAGACUCUGGUGGAAGCCAACCGAAGAAACACUGUGGAUUUGGUGACGGCCCACCACCUGCACUCCUCCAGCGAAGACGAGGAGGCCAAGGCCGCCUUUCCCAGUGAAGUCUCUCUCCAGCAGGUAGCUCCCUCUGGGGGGGAGGGCUCCCUUGGCCAGUCCCUGCUCCGCUGGCUCGCUUCUGAGGCCAUUCCGGGGCGCCCCCGGUUCCAUCUUCGCUCGUGGCCUUGGGGAGAGCUGGCAGGUUUCUUGCGGGGGGAGGGGGGCUCCGAAAGCGGCCCCUCAUGGCCUUUCUCCCCCAUCUAUUCCAGUGCCCCUUUUGACCGGAUCGCAGAGAUAAACUUCAGCAUUGCUGUAGAUGAUGACAGUGCCAGCGCAUCCCUCUUUGAAACCUGCUGCAGUGAACGCAUCCAGCAAUUCGAUGACAGCGAGGGGGAGGAGGAGGAGGAAGAGGAGGAGGAGGAGGAUAUUUGGGAGGAGAACGACGUAAACUACGCAGCCCAAGCCAAAUCAAGGUCGCGCUUUGGAGGACUUCAUUCUGUGGAAGGUUCAGGCAAAGGUAGCCUAGAAAAUGGGGAACAUGGUGGCGGCAUCGACUCUGGGGAAGAAGAGGCUGAGAAGGGGACAGCUGUCCAUGCUGAGGACCCCUGGGAGGCGGACAACCAGGCCGCGGAUCCCUCCUCUGAAGGGCCUGGGUGGAGGACGGCCGCUGAGCCCGUGAAGUCCAAGCCUCCAGCCUCUUGGGUGGCCACAGACAUCGGGUCCAGCGUGUGGGAUUCCGUAAUGCCUGGCCCGAAGGCUCCCGAAGAGCGAGGCUGGGCCCAGUUCCCGGACUUCCAACCCUUCUGCUGCUCCGAAGCAGCUCCCAGGUGUAGCUCCCCGGUGGAGAACGACUCUUUGGAGGGAAGCCCCAGGCAGAGCCAGGAGGAGAACGUCAGCGCUGCCGCCUCCCCUUGCUCCUGGAAUGUCUGCGUGGCACGGAAGGCACCCUUGGUGGCCUCAGACAGCAGCUCCUCUGGCGGCUCAGACAGCGAGGAAGAGGAAGAGGCGGCCAGCGUGGUCACAGAAACCCUCAGGCCAGGUUCAGGCCAGGAAACCGCCCCGCUGACUGUGGACGCUAAGAAAGAAAAGGCCCUCUUCAUCAGCAGUAACAACUCUCUGACGGUCGACAAGCUGGCGAGUCCUCCGACAAGGGAAGCCACCCCGGCACUGGGCAUUCCUCCAAGCUCAGCUGCAGCGGCUGCCACACCGGAGGAGGCCAAGAGGGACCACAGGAACGAGGAGCCCCACCCGGGAACCGAGGCCCCGCUGAAAGGUCCCGCUUGAUGAGGGGCGGCCCGGAAAGUGCCUGACUACAGCUGGGCUGCCCACAUCUCCCUUGUCAUCCAGGCUGCCUUCAGAGAGGACAGAGAGUAGAGAGCAGGCCCCCCUCUUCAGCCCGCAUCCCCCCCGUGGCUCAAGGGCAGCGUGAGCUCCUCUCCUCUCCCCCUCCAGCUCCUUCCAGCCAUGACUGGCCGGCCCGGUGCCCAUGCUUGGCUUGGCUCUUGGGGGUGGGGGGAAGGGCGGGCCUUGUCUGCUCUCCUGGACUGGCCCAGGGACGUUGGGACGAAGAAGGUGGCGUUGGAACUUCCCCGCCAGCUUUUCAUCAAGCAAUAACGCCUCAUCCAAAAGGAGGUUGGGGCAGGGGAGCAACGGGCAGCUGGUGCCCUGAAGGACGGGAUCUCUUGUGACUCUUGGGAGGGAGGGAGGGAGGGAGGGACGGAAGUCAGCCAGCAUCAGCCCUGGGAACCAAGGUGACCUUGCAAGGAACGAGGUCCUGGGGUGGGUGUGGGGUGGGGGGGGGGGGUCUCUGGAGACCCUCCCCUUUCACGUAGAUGAUUGGUUUUCCUUUGGUUCGUUUAAUUUUGAAAAAAUUUUAAUAGAAGCAAGAACUGCAACACUUUGCACUUUGGACCUCAUGCCAACCUUGAACAUUGGAAGAGACCUUUGAGGAAGCCAUGCCAGUAUGGCCUGGCAAUGCCCGAGGAGCGUGAGCCAUGCCCUAGACACGAGAUGUGGACCCCAGGGCAGCUGGGGCAGGGGCAGGCUCUCCCCCCCUCCCCAGCAUAAGAAUGGCAGGGGGCUGAGCUGCUACAGAAUCAAGACUGUGAUUUGGGGCCCUGAGCCGUCGUCGGAUGGAAUUGGCUCCUUGGUGCCCCUCCUGGUGUUUCCCAAUGGCUUUGUGCAGCCACCUGCUCCUUGCCAAACCUCAGUGGGACUUGAUCCUCAGCACUGGCAUGGCUGGGCGGGGGGGGGGGGGGGCAAAAUCAGAUACUUUGGAAUGAAAAACUGGAGCUUUUCUGGAGCGGGUGAAGAAAGGGAGCUUAAAUCUGUCCCGGUUACAGUCCACCCCCACCACCCCCAAGAUAACAAUGCUCUGUUUUUAGGGAAAAAAACUCUCAAUGUCUGUUGUCCCGUGUUUUUUGCAGAUUAAAGGGUUGGUCAGAGGCCUUUGAGGAACAAGGCCAGCCCACUUUUCUCCCACUCUGUGAGCUGUGUGGUUUGUGGUCAGGGAAUUGGUGGAUGGAAGCCACGUCCUGGGUGUGUCAUUUAAUGAGCUGAAAAUUGUUUUUUGGAUUUUUUUUCCAGUGAAGGGAUGUGGUUCUACACCUUCAAAUCUGUUAUUUUUGCAAUUGCACAACAUUUAGCUUGGAAUGGUAAAUCCACAUCUGAUCAUAUAACCCUCAAAAGUAUUUUGUAACCCAAGUACUGUUUAUUUUCUCAAAAUUACAUUUGUGCUACAAAAGUUAAAGAUUUUUUUCUGCAUUAAUCUUAUCUAG